CGACAGAUUACCACUUAGCUAUCACUCUGGAGUUCUUUGGAAGCAUCGCUGCGCCGUCAUUCCCGACCACCGUGCACCCUUCUCUCUACCCCAUUAUGGCCGACGAACAACGAGUUCCCGAAGAGAGUCAGUCCAAGCGAAAAUGCGAUGAUUUUAGCGCUCUUUACCUGGAGAGCACACGUUCGUUAACUGGUGACACCGGUCCUGGAGAUGGCCCGGAAGGAGCAUUUAAAAAGUUAAAGCCGAACGACGGCACGGCGCCCAGCGCAUCGGCACCUACGGGCAGUGCUGGUUCAGCAACGGGACCGACUCCGACCCAUUCCUCUUCAAUCAGCGGCAGUUCGGCUGCCACAACGUGCCCGACACCUGCUCGAAGAAGGCAUCGUACCACAUUCACGCAAGAACAACUACAAGAGUUGGAAGCAGCCUUCGCUAAAAGUCAUUAUCCAGAUAUUUACUGUCGCGAAGAGCUAGCCCGAGUCACCAAACUAAACGAAGCACGAAUCCAGGUCUGGUUUCAAAAUCGACGAGCAAAAUACCGCAAACAAGAAAAACAGUUGGCGAAGUCUCUCUCGCCGGUGAUUCCGACAUGUAACGGAAUGAUGCGAAAUAUCUACCAAACUACCUCGUCCCGUGGCUACCAAUACCCACAUAACGUGAACACAGUCAGUCCCCGUUACCCACAGAUGCAAUCGGCGUACGCCCCUGUAGCUCAGUUCUCUCCAAUGGGACCCACGUCAAACAUGGGUAUGACAGCCAUGAGGAAUGACGUCAGUCACGAGGACGAAUGGUAUAACAAGAGUUUAUCUGCUCUGAGAAUGAAUUCAACAGUCUCAUCACAUCACCCAAAUCUUUCAGCGCAAGUACUUCAGUACCAGACGUAAAAAAAUAUGAACUCCGUCAACUACGAGAAAAACAAAAGUGACUGUCAAUCAAACUCUUCAAUGACUUGUUCUAUUAUUGGAGGCAACCACCCAUAUAUUGUUAUGUAAAUGAGCCAUCUUUUGGCGAGUUCUGACUUUUAUAUUUCUGUCACGCAAUGACUUAUUCUGAAGAGUGAACUCAUUGGCGUCGUAUUAAUUAUUCAUUUCAACACCAAAGGUUUACGCUUAAAAGGAGCUCCAUUUUAGCUCACUGUAUAUACAUGUGCCCAAUUUCACUGUUAGUUUUAUGAUGUAUAAAUUAGAACGCUGUCCUAAAAAAAAAUAUGUCGAUUUUAACUGAUGUCAUGCGCUGUCGAUUUCUUUUAGGUGUACAUCAUUUUGCACCAUGUCAUAGGGUAAUCGCAUGGUUUGGCGGUCCCGGUGUUGAUUAUACACGUACCUCUUGUCAAUUUCACUUAUUUCCCUCACAAAAUUGAUUUAUCGGACAGAAUGAUGUCCAAUAUCAGUGCAAUACGAUGUGGUAAUGAUUUCAUUCCAACACAGUGUUGUAUCAAAAUGAACUGUCAUUCUCCCUCGGAAUUUGAUUUUACAAUUUCCAUAGUAACCAUGGAUGUGUAUUUGAAAUACCACUGAUUGCUAUUAAUUUCGUUUCUAAUGAGACACUUUUAGAUGAUAGGCUUACAGUAUUUUUGUGUCUUCUACUACUACUCGUUCUCAACGUUUGUUAGUUUGUUUUUCGUUUCCUUGUGUUUAGUGUGUAUGUCAGGUGAAAGUGGUGAGUUAUACUUUCACGACAUCGCAUCAUUGACGCUGGUGGUGCACAGCUUUAUACUACCUCAUGUCAACGUUUAACAUCGAUUAAUCAUAUUGUUUUGUUUUUUAAUUAUUAUUUAUUAAUUAUUUAUUGCAUAUGAUGCUAGAAAUAUAAACAAGAUUGUAGAACGUGUUUUCCCAUCUUGGCUGCACACAGCCCAGGUUGACUUUAGUUAGUAAAACAAACACCGGUCAAGGAAGCGAAUAACAAUUAAUAAAAAAAAAUCGUCAGUGCAAAUUAUAGUAACUCAUAUAACGAAAAAAAAUACCAUGUGUUUGUUACCUUCCAAGUCUGUCCCUAUUUAACACGCGUUGGUUCAUGUGUUUGCACGGUGUAAUGUAGUAACACACCCACACACAUAGAAUGUAUUUAUAAACCUUUGUAUAGAAAAAAACAACAACUACUGAAUGUUUUAUCAAUAAAAUGACGAUAUACGACAUUUCUUCAUGUA